AUUUCGGUCGAAUGUUUUAGUUUCGACCUCGGUUGAGCUGGAGACUCAUCUAACGGCUUUCUCAGCGGCAAGUUCGAAGUCAUGUCGCCUUUGAACGGUGGGUGGUGCAGCAGUUAUGGUCGACUCGGUCAUCGCUCGACUUGCGACUAAAUUGCGAGUGCAGAAAAUAGUGUUCACGGAAUUAACAGACCUCGAUAAUCCAAGUGUAAGCGAAUAAAUAAGUGAAAUUAUUGUGGCAAGCCAGCAAUAAAUCACUAAAUUAAUAGCACUGCCGAGCACCCGCGGCACACGCACAGCUGUUGUGUGUGAAAAGUGAGAAGAGGAAACAGAAGGAAGUGAAAUUGGCGGCAGUUUGACCGCAACAGCAAUAAAAUACGUCUGCAACCCACAAACGCACGCUCACAUACAUCCCGUUCGUCAUCGUCAUCGAAUCGUCGUGGUCCUCCGCUUCUCAGUCCCCGCCACGCCCCCCCCUUCGGCUCACGAGUCAUUGUGACAUUUGAUUUAUUUGACGUGUGUGUUUUUGAUAGAAGUUCAACACGAAACCGUCACACAAACACACGUACGCCCGCCGAGGAAUUUAUUCAGUGAACGAAAAUAAAAUCGCACUGGGCCGCCGUGAAACGAAAACGCCGCCAUAGAUGAGCAGCCGGACGGAAGACAGAAGUAUCGCCAGGACGUCCAAUAAUCAAAAUUUUGGAAAGCGAGCCGGGGUCUCCAGUAUUCCCGAAAAUGAUGCUGCACGAGGCCGUCAUGCUGGAAAUCUAUCGCCAGGCGCUGAGUGCAAGCGAGCUAACUAGUCCGCGAUGCCAGUCUCGGGAGUCCAACACCUCAGCUGGAGCAGUGGCUGGAACGGGCGAUGUGCGAUGUCCUUCGAAUGAAUCGCAUUGCUCGGCCAACGAUCUUUUGACCCCAGCAGCGACGCCCACCCUCACGCAAACCUGCGCUGCUAUCUCCCCAAACUCGGUGGGCCUUCCCCUGACGGCGACCCUUCCUCCUGCAGCUGCAGUUUCUCUGCUACCGCCCCAAUCCGCCGCCAUGGCCGCUUACCUAGCCGCUGCCCAACAAAAUCACCUUCUGCUAACGAAUCCUUUAGCGGCAGCAGCUUCCCUGGUCCAACAUGCAACGCAGCAGGCGGCGGGGCAGAAGGGGGAGUCACCGGCCCUGGAUUUUAGCAGAAAGCGGACUACGAGCGACGGGGACGAUGGUCAGGAAGAGGACCAGGAACAGGACCAAGAGCCCGAGCAAGAUGUCCAGGGCGAUAAUGGUCCUUUAGAUUUAUCUGUAAGCACAGGGAAAAGGCUAGCAUCGGACUCUCCGCCUGCCAGGAAGAUUCCAAGAAGUAUAUCGGCAGAAUACAAGUCCCCUCUACCACCUGGGAGCUGGAUGCCGCCCAUGAACCCAUACUUGGCGGCUGUAGCGGCUAAGACUUGCGGCUUGGCAUAUUCUAAGUUGGCACCCAGUGAGGCCAGCAAGGCGCUAGAGAAGAUGAGUGAGAUGAGCCGAUUGGAAACACCACCAGCAGUUGCCCGAAGUACAGCCGUCACAUCCUCUUCAGGAGCAGGAGUGCCUCUGGGAGGCGGUUCCAGCUCCAGUGGCCGGCACAGCGCGUGGCAGUCUCAUUGGCUAAACAAAGGUGCUGAUACUGCUAAGGAUGUGUUCAAGUGUGUGUGGUGCAAGCAAAGCUUUUCAACUCUGGCUAACUUAACUGCUCAUAUGAAGGAGACUCAGAAAUGCGGUGUUCAGAUACCUUCGCCGUUACCAACCGGAGAAGUCGGCCCUCCGACUUCUGCUCCUCCCACAAGGUUGGCCACUUCAGCCUCCAACUCGGCCUGCUCCAGCAGCAGCAGCUCCACCUCGAGCUCUUCAAACUCCUCAAAAUCAGAGUUAAAUAUGCUUAUUAAGGAAACUAUGCCCCUUCCCAGGAAAUUGGUGAGGGGUCAGGAUGUUUGGCUCGGAAAGGGCGCAGAGCAAACCCGCCAGAUACUUAAGUGCAUGUGGUGUGGACAAAGCUUCCGGUCGCUGGCCGAGAUGACCAGCCACAUGCAGGAGACGCAGCACUACACGAAUAUCAUCUCGCAGGAGCAGAUAAUUUCUUGGAAGUCGGGCGAUGAACGUGAAAGGCCGGCAAACAAUGGAGUUCCAUCUGCAUCCACAGCUGCUUCCCCUUCGACGAAUGGCACGGCUCCAUCAGUGAGUGCCGUGCUCACGUGUAAAGUUUGUGAUCAGGCCUUCGGUAGCCUAAAGGAGUUAAGCAGCCACAUGGCCCAAAAAUCACACUACAAGGAGUCACCGGCUCCGUCUGCUUCUCCACCAGCUGCUGGCACUGGCAAUCCAAAAAAAGGAAGGCAAAAUCGCAACGAGAAACGCAAGAAGUCCUUGCCGGUGAGGAAGCUUCUUGAACUGGAGCGAUCCGGCUCAAAUUGCAGUCUGGACUCGGCGCUAAAGCCCCUGAGGGACUUUGCUGCUGCCACCAAAAUUACCUGUGAAAAGUGUGGCAGUAAGAUUGAAACUGCGUUGUUUGUCGAGCACAUACGAAAGUGUCUGGGCGAAAGUAUUCCAAUACCUCCCCGUCGAUGUAACGCGGGAGUAGAGCGCCAGCCAAGUCCCAGUGUAGGACUAGGAGGUGAAAAAUCACCAUCAGUCCUAAGUGCCCUGGAGCAACUCAUAGAGAAGAGCUUCGAAUCGAGAACAAGCAGAACCAUGACACUAGGUGGCUAUUCCGAAGCUGGAACUCCGCUGGGAGCCAGCAUCCUGAAGCGCUUGGGAAUCGAGGACAGCAGUGACUAUACCAAGCCUCUAAUGGAAGCCCAGGCGAUGCACCAGCUCCGAUCCUCAUUCGCCUCGCGAGACCGCAGUGCCAGCGAAUCGAGCUCGGCCAGUAGGGUGGAAUCUUCCUACACCCCCGACAGACAGCAGGCCACACCCCGCAGAAGUCCAGAUACUCCUGCUCCGCCGCCUCCUCCUCCACCGCCCACCAUCAAAGCUGAGCCACCAGAAGCGGAACCUUCAGUGGGGGGCGAUCGAGAGAGCUGCAGCCCCCGGCAGCAGAUCCAAGUGAAGAAGGAGUUCAACAUUGAAGCGAGUCGGGAGAGUCCUCGAUCUAUAAGCGAAUCUCCUGCGCCGCAGACUGAAAGAUCUCACCCAGAUAAUGGCAGCCUACUGGCCUUGAACUCCAUGUUUGAUCAGCUCAGUGGAGUGGAGAGCAGCAGCAACAACUCGGGGAAUUGCUUUAACAACAACAACAACAGCAGCAGUAGUGUCUCCGCCCAGAAGCCAAAGUCCCAUCCCCUGGCUGCGCUGCAGAAACUGUGCGAGACAUCGGAUCCCCCAGGCACUGGCCCACGCAGUGGAUCGUCCGCAGGAUCGUCCGCAGGAUCCUCCACCGCAUCAACAACACUUUCCUCAGCGAACGGUAGCGAUCUAGUGGCCUUUAGCUGGGCCAGCAACGAGGCCGUUCUGAGUGCCAGUAAUGGUGGCUCCGGCGGCGAAUCGUCUCUCAUUAAGUGCUCCUACUGUGAUACUCCUUUUGCAUCGAAGGGCGCCUACCGCCACCAUCUCUCCAAGGCGCACUUUGUGAAAGACGCAGGCGAGGACUCUCCCAGACUCAAGUCCCCCUCUGUUCAGAGCCCUAAGUCGAUGCCCUCGGCCUCACCCAGGAGAUCAGCUUCCAGGAGUCCGGCGACAGGAUCUCAGCAGCCCCUUCCCUCUCCCACCAUUAAUCCCUAUGACGAGAGUCCUCAGUCUAAGUUCCUCAAAUACACGGAGCUGGCCAAACAGCUGUCCUCUAAAAACGCCUAGACACGACUAGAAGCUGUCGGAAUUUCGCAGAACUCUGGAUGCAAUUGGGCAACGGAGAACUUGUUACGUCGCCUAUGAAAAGAGAAGGAGAUUCUACUAGCGAAAGGUUCUGGCACGGAUUAAACAAAUUCGGUUACAGAUUGCAGACGUGUAAGCUAUAUUUUAUAAUCAGAAUCCUUUGAAUUAAGGCUAAAUUUGAAUUGUUUGCUUUACGAAGCUGGCUGUGUAACGGUCAUAUAAAAUCAAAAGUCCAAAUUACUUUAAACUGAAUAACGUAAACCAAAUAUGGUUUUUAUUCAUAAAAAUCGAAGAUACUUUCGUCAAUAUGUGUUAACAUAACUUUAGCAGAAAACUGCAUCGAUUUCGGAUCAUGAUUCUGAUCUGCACAGCUCUUGCUCUUUUGUCCGCUCUUUCUCCAAACUACAGAUGUUCUCACUGCCUCUCUCUCUCUUUGGCGCUGCACACACAGUCUCUUUAUGAUUUCCCCUAUUUUUGCUGAAUUUACCAGAACAUUUCUCCAGAUUCUCUCUUGAAAACUUGUUCCCCUUCGUCAGUGACGUCACAGCAGUGCUGGUCUGCUCUGUAUUAUUUCCCAAUCGGACAGUCGCAGUCUGAAGCACGAGCGAGAGAGGACUAUAGCAAGCUGGAAAUUCAAUUACCACCACUUUGACGAACUGCUGUCCAUCAAAGCGAGUCGGACAGGGAUGGCCAUAGUGGCCGAGUGACGAGAGGCGACGACACGAGUUCGUCAAAGUGGGAUUUGAUGGUGGCGAGAGAGACAGGCAUAGGACAGUGGGUGUGUAUAGAGCAGGAGUGCGAGUGGCUCUACUCAGUGUGAGUGUCAAAAAUGGACUUCGUUUUCGAGUGCAAUUGAAUCGGAUUUGAGUGCACUCAGGGAACAAGCCAACCAUUACUUGUUUAUUUAUCCUAUGCUCCUUGUCACAAUGAAUAACAUGAAAAAGGGUGCCAAAAAUCAAAACUGUUUAAAUUUAGAAUGAUAGCUAACCAGCUCAAUUGGUUCUUCUAAGCAAUAACAAAACAAAAGCAACGCAGUAUACGUAAAUCCUUACACUUAAACGAUAACCUCAAUGAUAGAACCAAUUAAUGGUUGCGUGCAACUCGUAGCGAUGCAUAUGUAGCCCUCAUAUGAAAAAAUGCAUUAAAUGAAUGUAAAUACGAGCCAAUGGCACUUUCCUUCCAUAAGUCUAAAGAUUACCGAUAUUUCCAUCAAUAUAUAGCCAAAGCAACGCAUGUAUACGGAAUCAAUUUUAAAAUGGUAUAUUCAUACAUAUAUUAAACUACAUAUAUAAAAAGCCAUGUAUAUUAGCAGUUCGAGUCUCAACAAUUACUAAGAACUUUGAAUCUCUAACCUAAGAGUUAAACCUAAGAAGAGGGCAAUUUAUGCAGAAUGUGAACCAUUUCAUAUUGUCCAAACAAUCACUUUUACCGUCUCUCUUCGGGAUAAUUUAUAUCUAUGAUAUAUGGUGAAUAAUAGUUACUAACUAUGUAUACGAAUUGUAUUUUAGUUUUUGUGAUAUUAUUUUUAAUCAAAGCCGUUCGCUUCCCCCCUGCCACGCACCGCAACAUCCCUUGUAUUUCCUGCAACAUCUCCCACCCGCUCCUCCGGAUUAC